AUGCAUCUUACUGCAUUCUUUGUCUUUGCCUUUCUCUUCAUCCAAGACUGUCUGGCGAAACCUCUGGCCCGUGUCGUCCCUCUCCAGGAUGGCAUGCCUGACCCCAGUCCGUCCCAGCUGCUAGAGAUCGAACAGCGCGCCCACGGGACUCUAUCGAAUAUGCUCCCUCCAGCAAAUAUCAGCAAAGCAGGCAUCACCAAUCUGCAGCUGAUCGCCUUCAACGAGCUCUUCGAGGUGGCCUUCUUCAAGCAGCUGCUGGCCAACAUCACCAACGAGGUGGAGGGCUUCUUCCUGAGUGAAGACGACGACAGGGAUUUUAUCGUCGACAGUCUGUCUACUAUACUUGCGCAAGAAGAAAUUCAUGCCCUGACUGCCAAUAACGCCUUGAAACAUGUCAUGACGGCUCAGGUCCUCCCAUGCAACUACUCCUUUCCCGUGACAAGCAUUACGAACGCCAUUGACUUUGCGUCCACGUUCACCUCCGUUAUGCUCGGGACGCUGCAGGACAUCACCGAGAUCUCCGCCCGCAACGGCGAUAGCGCUCUAACGCGCGUCGUGGCUGCCAUCAUCGGCAACCAAGGGGAGCAGCAGGGCUGGUAUCGCGUCUUCAUGGGCAAGGUCCCUUCGGAGACGCCCAUGCUCACCACGUCGGCCCGGGAGUUCGGGUUCUCCUAUGUGGAGCAGUUCGUCCUGCCGGGGAGCUGCCCGAACGCAUCGAGUAUCCCGCUCCGGGCGUUCCUACCGCUGACGAUCGUCGAGUUUCCCGGCCCUAUGACGCAGGAUAUUGUCGUUACGUGGGAGCUUCCAGAUAUGGAUACCGCGAGGAAACUCCGGUACGCUAAGGGGAAGGACGGCCAGUUCUGGCUGGUGUAUAUCAAUCAGUUGAAUCUGCCCAUCGUGGAGCGGCUGCGUUUUAUCGGCUUUGAUGGGACCACUGUGCUGGCUAAGGCGAGGUUCCCUUAUGAGGAGCAUCUGCUGAAUGGGUUGACCAUUGCUGCCGUGACGAACAGCUCGGGGCCAUUUGCGAACGCCAAUGCUGUUGCGGCCUCGACGUUGUAUGGACCGGGUGUGAUUAUUGUUAACUAG